AUGGAAAAGAUGUUAAACUCUGGCUGGCUUGUUGUUCUCCUGGUGAUCACAGCCUGUCUUCUGCGGAGCUCUCUCAGCGUUCAACAGUCCAACGUUCACCGACCAACUAGGAGCUCAGAGGCUAUUGUCAUUCCACGCCACGUUUCGCCAGUUCACCUGAGCGAAGAUCAGCUCAGGCAGCUGCAGUUCAAGCCCACCAUCCACUCCAUCGAGCUGUCAGAGGGCCACCAGGCUAAGUUCAACUGCUCCAUUGACAUCCCCGAUACGAGGCUGGACCCCUCCAUCAUCUGGAAGAAGAACGACAAGGACCUGUCCGCUGACGAGCACAUGGCGAUCAACGAGCUCCAGACCUUCACAGACGGAGUCACAACUCUCAUCUCCACUAUCAUCAUUAAAAAAGUACAGAGAGUGGAUGCUGGCGAGUACCACUGCACACUGAGCGUCAACAAUAAGACAAGGAGGUCUCAGUCCAUCGUUCUAGGGGUGGAAGGUCUGCCAGGAUUUAUACACGAACCAGAGGACCUGAAUGUGACCAGGAAUGCAAAUUUCACGCUGACCUGUGUGGCAAAGGGACCUCCAGAACCGGUUUCUAUCCGCUGGUUCAGUGAUGAAAAACCUGUUGAGGGAAAAGAAGAGGAAAAGUCUCCCAGCAGGUUAACUGUGGAAGGUGUGGACAAGAAAAACCAGUACAGCUGCGAAGCUCACAACGCAAAGGGAGUCUCUACAUCCAGAGUAGCAACUAUUAACAUCAAAGUUCUUCCCAGUCCUGUGACUAAUCUUACGGUGACGGCUAAAGAGUCCAAUAAGCUGAUGCUGAGCUGGAUCCCUGGACACGACGGCUUCUCUUCUAUAACCAGUUGUCAUGUCAGGGUCAAAGAGAUGAGUCAGAGGAAAGGGGAGGUGACCAUAACCAGGCUCGAUAACGUCACAGUGCCGCCUUUCCCUUGUGAAGUCUCCGGGCUGAAGGCUAUGACGUGGUACAACAUGAGUGUUUCCUGUAGCAACGAGCUGGGAGCGUCUCCGCUCUCCAUGUGGAUCCAGAACAGCACCACAGAGGGAGUGCCAUCAAGUUACCCCAGAAAUGUGACCGUGCAGCUGAAUGAGUCAUGGCUAGUUAUCAAGUGGAAGCCUCCGCCAGAGGACAAAAUAAAUGGCAUCCUGCGAGGCUAUGAAGUUAUUGUUAAGCACGGAACAGAUGAAGAUAGGGUGCACACUGACAACACCACUACUUUAGUACCUGUGAAAGAAUUCAACACCACCUACCGCGUGUCGGUCGCUGCGCUUACGAAGGCAGGGAGCGGCAUGGUCAGCCCAGAACUCCGGUUCGCGGUGCCACCUUCGGACACUUCAGGGGUGAUCCCUACCUCCGCCCCAGACACAGGCCUCCCACACGCUGUCUCGGUUAUGGUGGGCCUGUUUUGUGCCAUCUCUCUUCUGCUGAUUAUCAUCUUGGGGACACUUUGUGUACGGAACAAGACGCCCAGAUCUUGUUUUGGGUUGGAGUUUGGAAGUGCAGAAAAGUCAGAUGCGAUCAUACAGUACACAAACCAGAGAUCAUACAGCCGCAAUGCAGUUGCAAUCACUUUUGGGAAUCUUGGUAUAAGCGAGGAACUCCAGGCCAAACUGCAGGAUGUCAUGAUCCAAAGGAACUUGCUCUCAAUAGGAAAAGUUCUUGGAGAAGGUGAAUUUGGCUCGGUUGUCGAGGGACGAUUAAGAAGCUUAGAUGGCACAUCUGUAAAAGUUGCUGUGAAGACAAUGAAAUUGGACAGCUUCUCUCAAAGGGAAAUUGAAGAGUUCCUGAAUGAGGCGGCUUGCAUGAAAGAUUUCAACCAUCCUAAUGUCAUCUGUCUGCUCGGUGUGUGUUUGGAAGUUGGCUCUGAAAAUUUUCCCAAACCGAUGGUCAUCCUCCCAUUUAUGAAAUAUGGAGAUCUUCAUAGUUUCUUGUUGGGCUCACGCCUGAAAGAGAGCCCCAGGUUCUUACCAACUCAGACUCUCCUGAGGUUCAUGGUUGACAUUGCUUUGGGUAUGGAGUAUCUCAGCGGUCGUAAUUUUCUGCAUCGAGAUCUGGCGGCUCGUAACUGCAUGCUGCGUGAUGACCUGUCGGUGUGUGUCGCUGAUUUUGGGUUAUCGAAGAAGAUCUACAGCGGGGAUUACUACAGGCAGGGCAGGAUAGCCAAAAUGCCUGUGAAGUGGAUUGCAGUGGAAAGUCUGGCAGACAGAGUUUUUACUGUAAAGAGUGAUGUUUGGGCAUUUGGUGUUACCAUGUGGGAAAUUGCUACGCGAGGCAUGACGCCAUACCCGGGAGUCCAGAACCAUGAGAUUUACGACUAUCUUGUUGAAGGUCACAGACUGAAGCAGCCGCCUGACUGUUUGGACGAACUGUAUGAGAUCAUGUACAGGUGCUGGAGAGCCGAUCCGGUGGACAGGCCACUGUUUCCUCAACUUCGGGAAAUGUUGGAAAAGCUUGCAGAAAAACUUCCUGAGUGUUCUAGCAGGGAAGAUAUUAUUUAUAUUAACACCAGCUUUCCUGAAGAGGACCCUGACCGGGAGGAAAUGACCACAGAAGAGCUGGAGUUAAGCUCCUCCCCUUUCUGCAGCCAUGAGGCAGCAGAAAACACAGUAGUUACAGCAGACAUUCAUGGGCAGCAGAGGGAUGAGGAUGAUGAUGAUGAUGCUAGAAGUGGUCGUUACGUAGUGGUGGUCCCCGCUAACAACUCCCUGAGCUCUCCCACGGUGGACACGCCGCUUUUGUCAACGGAUACUUUGAGUCGAGCAAAUCGGGCAUCAGAUGUGAUGGAGCACAGUUCAGAUGACACUUCAUGCCUGUUAAAAUGAUUUAGAGCCUAAAUUUCAUCCAGCUGUAAAAACAUCUCACGAAGGUUCACCAGCACUAACUGUUCUUCCUGUUUGCAUCUCAAGCCCCUCCCUCGUUCUUUAAAUGAGCAGUGUUAGCUUCACAUGGUCAGCUUAUUACUUUUCUGUCAACUCCAAACAUGUUUCGGUAAGUAACAUAUUCAAUAAGCCUCCCUGAACUGUGAAACUCGUUGAAGUUUUGAGAAAUGUGUUUCAAUGUAAAUAUGGUAAUGUACAAAAUGUCUAUAAAACAAUCCUGUGUUGUAAAAAUAAAUUUUGUUCUCAUGAAGAA